AUGUCAACCUCACCUUUACCAUCAACUUCAACCUCAACUUCAAAUCAAAUCUUAAUCAAACCAACUUCAACAUCAACCUCCAAUCAAAUCCAUCAAACCGAACCUCAAAAAAAAAGUUCAAUAAAAGAACACGAAAUCCAAAGUUACAAUCUAACCCAUCAACUCUUACCACACUCAAACAUCUAUAAACUAAUGAAACAAUCCUUACCGAACGAAAUCAAAAUCACAAACUCAUCUAAAACUUUAAUCCAAUCAUGUGUUUCUGAAUUCUUGAUCUUUAUCUUAUCACAUUCGAAUUCAUUACUUUCGAAUCCAUCAUCUAAAUUUACCGUUGUUCAUCAUCAUCAUCAUAAAAGAAAAACUAUUAAUGGUUUAGACCUACUGAAUUCGUUUAAAGAAUUAGGGUUUAUUGGAUAUUUUAAUGUUUUGAAAAUUUAUUUAAUUAAAUAUAGAUCUAGGUUCUGA